AUGGAAUCAAUGAUGAUGGCACACGCCGGAGACACUAGGCAGAGCGAGACGGAGGAGCACAGCGAGACGGAGGAGCACAGCGAGACGGAGGAGCACAGCGAGACGGAGGAGCACAGCGAGACGGAGGAGCAGAGCGAGACGGAGGAGCAGAGCGAGACGGAGGAGCAGAGCGAGACGGAGGAGCAGAGCGAGACGGAGGAGCAGAGCGAGACGGAGGAGCAGAGCGAGACGGAGGAGCAGAGCGAGACGGAGGAGCAGAGCGAGACGGAGGAGCAGAGCGAGACGGAGGAGCAGAGCGAGACGGAGGAGCAGAGCGAGACGGAGGAGCAGAGCGAGACGGAGGAGCAGAGCGAGACGGAGGAGCAGAGCGAGACGGAGGAGCAGAGCGAGACGGAGGAGCAGAGCGAGACGGAGGAGCAGAGCGAGACGGAGGAGCAGAGCGAGACGGAGGAGCAGAGCGAGACGGAGGAGCAGAGCGAGACGGAGGAGCAGAGCGAGACGGAGGAGCAGAGCGAGACGGAGGAGCAGAGCGAGACGGAGGAGCAGAGCGAGACGGAGGAGCAGAGCGAGACGGAGGAGCAGAGCGAGACGGAGGAGCAGAGCGAGACGGAGGAGCAGAGCGAGACGGAGGAGCAGAGCGAGACGGAGGAGCAGAGCGAGACGGAGGAGCAGAGCGAGACGGAGGAGCAGAGCGAGACGGAGGAGCAGAGCGAGACGGAGGAGCAGAGCGAGACGGAGGAGCAGAGCGAGACGGAGGAGCAGAGCGAGACGGAGGAGCAGAGCGAGACGGAGGAGCAGAGCGAGACGGAGGAGCAGAGCGAGACGGAGGAGCAGAGCGAGACGGAGGAGCAGAGCGAGACGGAGGAGCAGAGCGAGACGGAGGAGCAGAGCGAGACGGAGGAGCAGAGCGAGACGGAGGAGCAGAGCGAGACGGAGGAGCAGAGCGAGACGGAGGAGCAGAGCGAGACGGAGGAGCAGAGCGAGACGGAGGAGCAGAGCGAGACGGAGAAGGCUGCACCAGGACAUUAG